UCACUUCUGCAAGUGGUUCUAAUUUACUAUCGCUGUUCUCUAGCUGGUCUAAAAUCGCUUUUGACCUAAAGGGACGCUUUUUGGGCGCCAUGGACGUUUCUCAGUUUCCAGGCAGAAAGAACAGUAAAAAUGCAGGCAGGGCACAGGACAAAGCACUAGGGACAAAAUGUAUGUGAAAUGGUUUGAUACAUUUUUAGUGAAUGUCACUUUUAAAAUUUUUGAAAUUCCCGCUGGUUCCAUUCCCUGUACAUCCCGACGCUUGCAGGGAACAGAACCCAGAAGACGGAUGCUAGCAUCAGCCAGAGGAGAUGGCCAGGGACGCUGCAGGGGGGAC